UUGAUUUUCGUCCGUCACGAACGAGCGAGAGUCUGACCAGUGUUGCUUCCAGUCCGGCACCUCCAGUCCCUAAUCUCUAGCUUCUUCUAUGUCUGAGCAAGCUCAGAACUCGAUUCCUACCUUCAAGCUCGUCCUCGUUGGCGAUGGUGGUACCGGCAAGACUACGUUCGUCAAGCGUCAUUUGACUGGUGAAUUCGAGAAAAAGUACAUUGCUACUUUGGGUGUUGAGGUUCAUCCUCUGACUUUCUCCACCAACUUCGGCACCAUCUGCUUCAACGUCUGGGACACCGCAGGUCAGGAGAAGUUUGGUGGGCUUCGGGAUGGCUACUACAUUCAGGGCCAGUGCGGUAUCAUCAUGUUUGACGUCACGUCCCGGAUCACCUACAAGAAUGUCCCCAACUGGCACCGUGACCUUGAGCGCGUUUGUGAAAAUAUCCCAAUCGUCCUGUGCGGAAACAAGGUCGACGUCAAGGAGCGUAAAGUCAAAACUGGGGCCGUCACGUUCCACCGCAAAAAGAACUUGCAGUACUUUGAAAUUUCUGCCAAGUCCAACUACAACUUUGAGAAGCCCUUCCUUUGGCUUGCAAGGAAGCUUGUUGGCAACCCUGGCCUCGAGUUCGUUGCUGCACCCGCCCUUGCUCCUGCGACAGUUGAGGUAGAUAAGGCACUGAUGGAGCAGUAUCAGAGGGAGCUUGCUCAGGCGGAAGCCGUCCCACUUCCUGAAGAAGACGACGACCUGUAAUCUAUCCCUUUACCUUCAUCCAUCUUCACGAUACACUCCAUAGUCAAUGUUCUGACUGUCCGCCCGCUUUCACGGUUCUCUGAAAUUACAGUUACAUUUGUGUAGAACAUAUCAUGAUUCAAAUGAUGUACCUAUCCUCUGGAGACUAAAUAUUGUCCUCCGAGGAACACCGGGCAUGCUAAUAACCAUUUGGUCGCACUGUCACUUCC